AUUCUAUCAUUGCUGGCUGUACAACAUAAACCUGAUUAUUAUUACCGAGCGCCGCUAAUAUUUAGCUGCUGCUGGUACCUAGUAGCUUAGUUCAUACUGUUCAUUUCUACAGCAUCUGGCUCUAAGGAAUACAUACCCACUCGAGUACAGGCAAGCUCAAUAUGACAAGUUCGCCUGGUAUAUCAACUGGAGCAGCCGCAUACGUCCUCUAUGGCAUCUUAUCUAUAGUCGUCCUUGGUCUGGGCUACCAGUUGCUCUUACACCCACUGCGAAAUUACCCAGGACCGCUAGUCGCCAAGCUCACCAACGGCUAUGCGGGUUACUUCGCAAUCAAACGGAGCCUUCACCUACAGAUAUGGAGAAACCACCAAAAAUACGGACCUGUUUUCCAGGUGGGACCAGAUAGGCUCGUGUUCAAUUCUGCCACUGCUUUGCGAGACAUAUAUCAAAAUGAGAGAGUGACGAAGCCGCCUGCAUACCUGGCCACGCAGGUGAGGCCUAACGCACAUAACACGUGGAAUUCGCUAGACAGGGAUAUGCAUCGCCGUAAACGAAAGCUCGUCGGACGAGCUCUUACGGACGCCUCCAUGCGAUCCUUUGAGCCAACAAUGGCAGAACAGGUCGACAUAUUCAUCCAGGGCCUCGCCCGUAACAACCAGCAGCAACCUAUCAACGUAAAAGACCGAUGCAGCUACUUAAGUUUUGAUAUCGUCGGCCUCCUCUCGUUCGGAUAUGCUUUAAACCUCCAGACCAACCAACAAAACCAAUUUCUCGCUGAACAGCUCGUGCGCGGAAACCACCGCAUGAACGUGAAUAUGCAAAUCCCCAUAAUCCCGCGCUACAGGCUUCAGACUUGGAUUAACUUAUUCUUUCGCAAAGAGCGAGAAAGGACGGCACGUCUCAUUGAAACAAUGAUUCGCAGCCGUAUGGCCGAUGAGACAGACGCGAGACGUGACUUGUUUUCUUUUUUUGCAGAUGCGGUAAACGCGAAAGACGACGACACCCUCCGCCUUGGCGAUCUCUGGUACGAGGCAUUCUUCUUCAUCAUAGCAGGUGGCGACACAACAGCAACAGCCUUAAGUGCCACGCUAUUUUAUCUGUCGCGAAACCAGGAGUGCUACUCAAAACUCGCUACUGAGAUCCGAACGACGUUUCAGAAAGGAACUGAGAUUUCCGGGAAAGGACUCGCAGGCUGUCAAUACCUCCGUGCUUGCAUAGAUGAAUCUUUGAGGAUGUCUCCGCCAUCGCCCGGUACACUUUGGAGACAUUUGGCACCGGAAGAAGAGAGUCGCGGACCUUUCGUAGUCGACGGCCAUGUCAUCCCUAAUGGCACGAAAGUUGGUGUAAACAUUUACUCAGUGCAUCACAAUGAGGAGUACUUCCCCAACCCCUUCAAGUACGAUCCGGGCCGGUGGCUAAUCACCGGGGAGUCGGACAAGAACGCAACACAAAGGAAGGUGGUACGUGAUGCUUUCGCUACCUUCUCCAUCGGUUCGCGAGGUUGCGCCGGGAAACCUAUGGCGUACUUAGAACUUAGCUUAGCUCUUGCUAAAAUCCUCUGGUAUCAUGACUUUGAGACUGCGCCUGGGAAGCUUGGCCAGGUUGGAGUAGGCCGGGAAGGCCAGUUCCACUUGUACGACAUUUUCACGUCAACCCAUGAUGGACCGUACUUGAUUUUCAAACCGCGAAGUACAUAUGCGGAGGACUUUGGCAAUGUCGCGAUUCGUGGUUAAUGUCAUCCUCGACACCCCUACAUUCGAUCAAGCUAUCAGGCUCUGUGUUGAGACGUAUAUAUAUCUAGGUAUGUUACCUAGCAUACUAGGUACCCUAGGUACUUAGGUAGUUAAGUAUAGGUGAUACCUACGCAGUAUCUAGACCUUUUCAACUGAAUGCCAGGCACAACAAACAGAGAUAUGGUUACAUUGGGCUUCGGCAGCCGCAAUGUCGCAGUUGUGGUCGACGAAUAUUCGUAAACAAUGGGAUGAGGCUGAACCAUAUACAUAUAUAGGAAUCAUAGUGUAUUUUUAUACCCCGAUCGGAUUAACAAUAACGGAAAAACAAAACUCUAGGC